GAUUCCUUCUUAAGUCCGAUUUUGAGAAAGCAGAGAGUUCGAGUGGGAGAGAAGCGGGAAGCUCGAGGAGUCCUCAAUGGUGACGGAUUAUUGCGACUCCUCUGGGAGAAUCGGAGUCAGAUUUACCUUUCAAUCUCCUCGUUUUUUCUUUUUGGUUUUGAAUUCAUAUCUAAAUUUGUUCGUAUUCGCGUGAUCAUUCGCACUUUUAUUUUCAUUUGAUUUCAUCGUGGAAUCCGUUCGAUUUUAUUUAGCUAUAAGCGCUCUCUCGUUUUUCCCUUGUAAAUCGAGUAAUUAUUAAUUGUUAGUCCUUUUGUUUAGUGUUGGAGUUGAUGGAGCUUAUAGGAUUAGUUUCCCUUUUUUUCCGUUUUUGAUCCUAAUGAAAUUCUUGGAGAACUUUUGAGGAUAUUCGAACCAUUACUGCUCGGAUUAUAAGCUUAUUGCCCCAUGAUCCUAAAAUUCUCACGAAGGAAUUGUUUUUUUUUUUCAGCUGUUUGCCCCUUUUUCACACUCGUUUUGCUAGAUAGAGUCUCAUAUGUUCUGGUUGAUAAUCUACCUGGAAAAACGUUGCUGUAUGAGAGCUGAUAUUAAUCAAACUAUGGAUUUUUUAUUUUUUUUUAUUUUGGAUUUUCUUCACAAUUUGUGUUUUGAAUGUUUAACAUUUGUUGGACUUCUAAAUAGAAGUCUCAUGUAGAUGACGAUGAUGCUAAUAGUCUAGAGGGUUUGGAGGACAAGUUGAGUCAGCUUAAAAGGAAUAUUCAAGGUGAAAGAGUUAGGAAAAAUUUGAGACUAACAGAAAGAAAGUGGAUGCUCAUGUUUCUCCGCUUUCAUCUGCUGCAUCAAGCCGUGCUGACGCAGGGAAUAAUGGAAAUAGCAAUAUGUUUUCUUCGAGAAUGGAAAAACCACUAUGCAAGUUAAAUGGUUUUUCUCAUGGAGUGGGAGAUAGAGACUAUAUUCCGACUAAGGAUGUUAUAUCAGCAAGUAUCAAGCUUCCGAUUGCUGAGAGAAUACCGCCAUACACUACCUGGAUAUUUUUGGACAGAAAUCAAAGAAUGGCUGAAGAUCAGUCUGUGGUUGGUCGCAGACAAAUCUACUAUGAUCAACAUGGCGGGGAAACACUAAUAUGUAGCGAUAGCGAGGAAGAGCCAGAACCUGAGGAAGAAAGACGUGAAUAUUCUGAGGGUGAAGACAGCGUCAUAUGGUUGAUUGGGCAGGAGUAUGGCAUGGGUGAGGAAGUGCAGGAUGCUCUCUGCCAGAUCCUCAGCUUAGAUGCUUCAGAUAUUCUGGAAAGAUUCAAUGAGCUCAAGUUGAAGAAUGAACAGAAUGUUGAGAACUUCUCUGAUUCCAGAUUCAAGCUGGGAAUAUUUCUGGAAAAGGGCCUUAGUGCUGCUCUAGAUUCUUUUGAUAAUCUUUUUUGCCGUCGUUGCUUGGUAUUUGACUGUCGUUUGCAUGGAUGUUCUCAGCCUUUGAUUAGUGCUACUGAAAAACAGCCUUAUUGGUCUGAUUAUGAAGGUGAUAGGAACCCCUGCAGCAAAAAUUGUUACCUCCAGGCGGUCAGAGAAGUACUCGGAGCAAGCAGUGAUGUUGCAUCUAAAACAGAAGAGAAAGCUUCAGAAGAGGAAUGCAGCAAAGCUGUCUCCUCUGAUGACCAUCAUGAUGCUAGUGGUGGUGUCAGUCUGCAAGUUGAAAACACUAGUAUUGGUUCCAAGUAUUUAGAUUUAUCCUCUGGUGUAGAACAAGACCACGAAAGUAGGGGAAAGCGUGAGAUCCGGAAUCUCGAAGACUCCAGUGAUCUGCCUAAUUUGUCAAACAAGAAACAGAAGACUGCAGCCUCAGAUGCAAAAGUGUCAUGUGUCAGUCCUAUCCCUAGCUUAGAUCAGGCAUUAGGUAGCACAAAGGGGGAUCAAGGUGGAACAUCCGAUACUAAUGAAGUAAAUGGAGACUCAGGAGCUGAUUUAAAAGAAGUAGCUGAGCCUAUUCCAGACAAGUCGGUCAAUGAUGGUGGUUCAUCAGUUUGUCAGCCAGAGCAUGGUAGUGGAAACGGAACAAUAAAUAUCGGAGAAAUGUCUGAGACAAAUCAUCCAUCUACAGAGUGGAAGCCAGUUGAGAAGGAUCUUUACUUGAAGGGAGUAGAAAUCUUUGGGAGAAACAGCUGUCUUAUUGCAAGAAACCUGCUUUCUGGCUUAAAGACAUGCCUAGAUGUGUCCAGUUACAUGCGUGAAAACGAAGUUUCAGUUAUUCGAAGAUCUAGCACCCCAAACUUGCUGUUGGAUGAUGGCAGGACUGACCCUGGGAAUGAGGAUGAUGAGGUGCCUCCGAGGACAAGAUUGUUCCGUAGAAAAGGCAAAACCCGGAAGCUAAAAUACUCUACAAAGUCUGCUGGUCAUCCAUCUGUCUGGAAAAGAAUCGCCGGUGGCAAGAACCAGUCCUGUAAGCAGUACACACCAUGUGGAUGCCAGUCAAUGUGCGGAAAGGAAUGCCCUUGUCAAACUAAUGAAACUUGCUGCGAGAAAUAUUGCGGGUGCUCAAAAAGUUGCAAAAAUCGUUUCCGAGGAUGUCAUUGUGCAAAGAGUCAAUGCAGAAGCAGGCAGUGUCCCUGCUUUGCUGCUGGCCGAGAAUGCGAUCCAGAUGUUUGCAGAAACUGCUGGGUUAGUUGUGGAGAUGGUUCUCUUGGCGAAGCACCAAGACGCGGAGAAGGCCAAUGCGGAAACAUGAGACUUCUCCUGAGGCAACAACAGAGGAUUCUUUUGGGGAAGUCCGAUAUUGCUGGAUGGGGUGCUUUUCUAAAGAACUCGGUUAGCAAAAAUGAGUAUCUCGGAGAAUACACUGGCGAAUUGAUCUCACACCGUGAGGCGGAUAAGCGUGGGAAAAUAUAUGACCGGGCAAAUUCGUCCUUCCUCUUUGACUUGAAUGAUCAGUACGUCCUCGAUGCUCAACGUAAAGGAGACAAGCUGAAAUUUGCCAAUCACUCAGCAAAACCCAAUUGCUACGCUAAGGUGAUGUUUGUGGCAGGAGAUCACAGGGUCGGAAUUUUUGCAAACGAGCGAAUAGAAGCGAGUGAGGAGCUUUUCUAUGACUACAGAUAUGGACCAGACCAAGCACCGGCUUGGGCUCGUAAACCUGAAGGCUCCAAGAAAGAUGAUUCAGCCAUUACUCAUCGUAGAGCCAGAAAGCACCAAUCUCACUGAUGAACGGUGAGAAGAAGAUCAAAUGAGUUUACCAAAAGAAAAAAAAAAUGAGCCUCAUUUAUUUUAAAAUUUUAAAUAUAGUGAAUUGGGACAUCGGCUUAUCCUUAUUGUUUGUAUAGUGGUUUAAACAAUUAGGAGAUAAAUUAUUAAGGUUAAUCAAUGUCAAAGUGUUGUUUUUGGUUAAUAA